AUGGCGCAUGUGCUUCAUAUGAAUGGCGGCACUGAAGACACAAGCUAUGCUGCCAACUCCUUACUUCAGCGCAAGGUGAUAUCAAUGACUCGACCCAUAAUAGAGGAAGCCGCGAUGGGGCUGUUCAGCAGCUCGAGCUUCUCCGGACGGAAUCUAGCGAUCGCCGAUCUGGGAUGCGCUUCGGGACCCAACACUCUUUUCACUGUGUCAGAACUCAUCAAAGCACUAGACAAAGCAAGCAGGAAGUUAGGUCACGUAUCUCUCGAGUUUCAGGUUUUCCUGAAUGACCUCCCUGGAAAUGACUUCAACAAUGUCUUCAGAUCCUUGCACGGGUUCACAGAAGAGAUGAAGCAGGAACUGGGGAUCGAGCUACCGAUGUUCUUCAAUGGAGUGCCUGGGUCUUUCUACGGCAAGCUUCUCCCAUCCGACAGUCUUCACUUCAUUCACUCGUCCUACAGCCUCCAUUGGCUAUCACGGGUUCCUCCAGGAUUGGAAGAGAUGAAUAAGGGAAACAUUUCCAUCGGGAGCAGCAGCCCACCAGGUGUCUUGAAAGCCUACUACACUCAAUUCCAGACAGAUUUCUCCUUCUUUCUGAGCUGCAGGGCGCAAGAACUGGUGCGAGGAGGGCAAAUUAUUUUUACAUUAUUGGGAAGGAAGUCUCAAGGCCCAUCCACCACGCCAAGCAUUCAUCUCCUCGAACUCUUGUUUGUCGUCCUCAACCAAAUGGCCUCUGAGGGAUUGAUAGAUCAAGAAAAACUGGAUUCCUUCGAUCUCCCAUUUUACAUGCCAUCCCCGAUGGAAGUAGAAACUGAAAUCCAAAAACAAGGCUCUUUCACCAUUAAGCGUCUCGAGGUUUGGGAAUCUAAUUGGAAUCCCCAUGAUAUGGAAGUAAACUUGCCUGAAACUCUACAAGAUGGUGGGCACAAUGUGGCAAGGUGCAUUAGGGCGGUGAUGGAGCCACAAUUAGUCAGUCAAUUUGCUUUGCAGCGGAAAAUCGUGGACGAGGUAUUCAUGAGAUACAGAGUGAUACUUUCGAAUUGGAUGUGCGAAAAGGAAGCUCUUUAUGUGAACAUCACUGUCUCACUUACUAAACACUAGUGAUGCAUGAGGC